GAGAGAGAGAAAGUGUUCCAGACACCCCCUGACAAAAACACCCCUGUCAAAUCCUUCAAUUCCAUGACCAAAAUUUUUGCCAUGUAUACAUACAUGAAGCACCAGACACACACUACACAACACUGUAUAUAACCCACUUCCGGGUGUCCUUUCCAGUGCAGUUUCUUGAAAGCUAAAAGCCUCCUUUUUUUUCCAUUUCCAUCAUCCAAACACAGAAUUUAGAGGUCUAGAGAUUGAAGAAGCAGUUCUGAGAGAGAAGCAAAAAUAAAAAUAAAAAAUUAAGGUGGAUAUGAAUAAUUGUUAUUAUGAAUGCAGAGAUGACAGGAAAGGGUGCCAUUUUCAUCCGAGAGAAGUGGUGGUGGGAGUAUGUGCUCUGUGCUUGAAUGAAAGGCUCCUAGUUUUGGCUUCGAAACAAGACCAACUCCAUACAACCAACACCAACUACAGUGUGCCACCAAAAAGGGUCCUACGGAAGAUUUUUGCUCUCACAAGUUUGCUCAUCAAACAGCAGAAAUCUGAGGUCUAUCACAGUGGAUCAACCAGUCAAGAAGAUUCCUUUAUAUCAAUUAAGUUUGAGGACAAUGGUGCUGCCUCAUGGGACAAAGGGAAGAUCAACAAAAUGCUAGAUGAGAAUCAGAAGAUGCCGGCGGUGGGGAAGAAGAUCAAAUGCGUCGUAGAGCACAUGAAACCGUGCACUGCGCAGAGGUGGCGAAGGCGGAUCGGACACCUCUUGCAGCUGAUGAGAUGGAACAACAAGUCCUCCAGCAGCAAGUGCCAGAUGGGCACAAAGCUUGAAGGAGGUAAGGUUAAAAAGUAUGGAUGGAUGAGGACCCUCACAAGGAAGAAGAGGGCCAAAGCAUAAAGGGGCUUACAAUGUGUACAAUAUAAUAGAAAUAUCCGAUAACACACCAUAUGGCAUAGUUAGAAACUUUUUCGAUCAUCUUUAUCAUCACCAUCAUCAUCAACAACUCCAUCAAGAUUAUAUAUAGAUGCAAGAAAGGAUAGCUAUAUUUUAUAAGAACAUGUUCUAGCCUCUUACAAAUAAAAUCAUGGGUGUUUUAUUUUUAUUUUUUUUCUUUUCUUUUGUGUCAAAAGAAAAUUGCCCAUAUCCCCAUCUUCUACUACUGCUACUACUACCACAUGUGCAAAAAUGGGAUGCAUGUGCAAAGAACUAAUAGUUGCCUUUGUGUAGUUAAAUCUGUCAAUAGAAAACAAAAGUGUUUUUGUUUGGCUAUCUGCCCCUUCCAUUGGCUUUAGCUACAUGGGACAAUCUCUACAGGACCACCUAGCUUCUUUUGGGAUUUAAUUUAAAGGCCCUUUAUUUUUCUUUCUUUUUCUUUCCAUGUGACAUAAUUUUAGCUUCAAACAGCUCUGUCUUCUUGUGCAUAUCUACAACUGUUUUAUAGUCAAAAAAAUUGCCCAACUUGAACCAACAAUGGUAACUUCAUCAGAUAUGCUCUGCUAAU